ACAUGAAUUCAAAGAAAAUAGCUCUGUCAAAAAGUAUAUUGGAAAUGAAGUUCAUGAAACGGACAAAAGACAAAGUGGAAAAAGAGCAGUUUCAAGAAGAAGGAGAGGAAUACUUCGGCAGCGAGCUUACAUCACGCAUGAAAAAAGCAUCUGGAACAUUUCUUUUGGAACCGAGCUAUAUUUUCUGUGAACAACUUGGUGAUGGUAGAUUAAGUUUUCGUGGCAUGAAUCCAAAUAUAGAAAAGAUAAUGGAAGCAAAGGAGAAUGCUAAACGAGCCAAUGAAGAUUUGAAACAAGAGACUGAUAUAUCUGAUGAACAAAUGGCUGUUCAAUGGACGAAAAUGCGAGCGAAGUUUGAUACUGUAAAAAACAGGCAUAGAAAGUCGCAACAUAUAAAAACAAACGAUGAAGACGAACCAUUAACUAAAAAACCAAAAUUUUUGAAACCUACAGAAUAAAUUUGCAUUCUUCUUUAAGAUUUUUCAAGAUGAAAAACUUGGAUGCAUUUAAUUUUCACAUGUAAUUUUCUUCGCCA